CGGAGCGGGAAAAGUAACCCGCGUUUAUUCAGUGACAAAAUAUUUUUUCAAACAAUAACCAAAAAAAUGGACGAAAUUUUGACUACGGCUGUAUAGGACUCUUCGUCAGUAUGGUGGUCCUGUAGGUGCAGAAUAAUAGCGCUUGUUGUGAGGGAAGGAGGGAAGCACAGGACGCCUGCGCUGAGGCUGGAGCAGCCUGCCUACCGUGUUGUUAUUGUAACUGAUCCUCAUUGUAACCCUCCAAAAAGCAGCGUUCAACACAUCCGAACAUUCACCCUUAAUUACAGCUAAGAGCUGAACUCACAUCUCUGUAACAUUACGCGUCAGUGUGGCAUCUUUUUCGGGGCGAGGCAGCUGCAAGUGUUAAGAUCUGUUGCAAACAUGAGCCAAACGCCAGAGAUGCCAGUUGAUGCUCCUGCUCCAGGGACAGAAGCACCUCCUGUUCAAACUGAAAGCAAGCAGCCAGCAGGGGGAAAGAAACAAACUAAAAAGAAAGUGGAAGAGGUGGUAGAGGAAGAGGAAGAGGAGUAUGUUGUGGAGAAAGUCCUGGACCGACGUAUUGUGAAGGGAAGAAUAGAGUAUCUCCUCAAGUGGAAAGGCUUUUCAGAGUGGGUAUACAUACGUGAAGACAACACAUGGGAGCCUGAAGAAAAUUUAGAUUGCCCAGAUCUCAUCGCAGAAUAUCUGCAGUCCCAGAGAACUGCUAAUGAAUCAGGUGGCAAGCGGCGCGCUGAAGCAGAUGGUGAUGGAAAGGAGAGCCAGCCUAAAAAACGCAAGGAUGAGCCAGAGAAACUCAGAGGCUUUGCUCGUGGGUUGGAUCCCGAAAGGAUCAUUGGUGCUACAGAUUCAAGCGGAGAACUUAUGUUCCUCAUGAAAUGGAAGAACUCUGAUGAGGCAGAUCUUGUUCCAGCCAAGGAGGCGAAUGUAAAGUGUCCGCAAGUUGUCAUUUCUUUCUAUGAGGAGCGUCUCACCUGGCAUUCUUACCCCACUGACGAAGAGGAGAAGAAGGAUGAGAAAAACUAGGCAAACUUUUGGGAGCUAUCGGGAAUAUUUACACUUUUCAUCAUCUGAAGUAAAAGGCAGCAAAAGGUUUAUAUGAUUUUACGAAAACACCACUGAAACUCGCAGCACCUCAGGCAAUUAAACAGUACCUGUAAUUUACAUAGGCUCUGGUAUAUUUCAGUCAUAGCGCUGCUACUGUAGCUAAUCGUAUUCAGUAGACUACUACUUUUUCUGUUUUUUUUUUUAUCUUGCUCAUGGAGAUAGAUAGCAGCUGGGCAGCUUUUUUACCCACAUUGUGCUCCAGAGCCUGUGUAGAUUACGAUGCUGGCCAUUUCUUACCAGUUUCCAAAAGGCUUUCUUUAAUAUAUUCCUGUAUUUCCUGUACAUUGGACUGAUUUAAACAUAUUGCUGCCUUAACUUAUAUUAUAAAAAAACAGAUUACAUUUUAUACAUUUUUCCAAAAAGCAAGCCAAGUGAAUGAUUCUUGAAAUGCCCUUGGAGAAGUACAUGUACAGUGGUUUGAGAAUUGACCAAGAGUCCCAUCUAAUAGUACUGAAAAGUCUUUAUUGAAAUUCACUCUUACCAGCAAAAACAAAUCACUGUUCUAGUUAUUAGGUGCUACUAUUGAAUAAGCCCAUCUUUUGUCAACAACACUGCACAAAUACACUCCCUAUUAAAUGUUCGGGGACAUCUUGGCU